UGACCUUAUAUCACUUUCCUAUUUUUUUCUAUCAGCCUGCCCAAAGGUCACCGCCGGGUCGUGACCAUGGGCCAGAGCGUGAGAAAUUGCCUAUCUCGGUCAACUCGACCAAUCUGUGCCACUAGGAGAGUACUGGCGCCAGUUGAAAACUAGCUACUUACCAUACAACUUGUCAAUUAAUUGUUGAAGAUGAUCUGGAUUUUUGUGGUGCUGUGUCUGUUUUUGGGGAGUGUAGAACUCCAAGAAUCCAGUGACAACAUAGAAACCUUAAAAGAAGAAGAUCUCCAAAAUGUAGAGCUGGAACCCCUGGAAGCGGUGUGUCCUGAGCUCAGCGGACAGAUUAUAGGUGGAAGAGCCAGCUCCAUAAACAGACAUCCUUACCAAGUGUCAAUGGUUUUAAAUAGGAACUCCUUCUGUGGAGGGUUCAUCAUUAGCCAAGACUAUAUCAUGACUGCAGCGCAUUGUGUUAACAACACGGAUCCGUCGGCCAUCCGUCUCCGUGUCGGAUCCACCCGGCGCGAUUCAGGCGGCCGUAUCGUCCGUGUCGCGAACGUAUCCGUGCACCCGCAGUACGGACGGCCGACAUUUGACCAUGAUAUAGCCGUGUUGAGAUUGGCUCAGCCUUUAGCUUGGAGCGCGGCGAUUCGACCUAUACGGUUACCGGCUAGAGGACAGGCGGUUCCGUUGGUCAGAUUGACUGUCACCGGAUGGGGGCUCACUGCUCCUCGGGGCCGUCGAAUUCCACGAAUCAUGAUGGAGGCAAAUGUACCAGUAGUCCCACACUGGCUAUGUCAACUCUCAUACGGAGGCUCUUUGACCAACAACAUGUUCUGUGGAGGGCACUUCCUUAUAGGCGGAGUUUCUUCUUGUCAGGGUGACUCCGGCGGCCCAGCCGUAUUCCAAGGCGUCGCGUAUGGCGUUGUCUCUUUCGCACGAGGCUGCGCUCUCCCUCUCUCUCCUACUGUGUUCACGAACAUCGCCGCACUUAGAGACUGGGUUACCACUACUACUGGACUUUAGACUUCAUCCCGUCGUAAUAAGGAUUAUUUUACAACAAACAA